GGUAUGUGCGGCUGCUGAAUGUUAAAUCGUCAUGUUAUGGUUUAUCUUUAGGGGAUUUGAACUAGAAAUUUGUACAUAUAUUCUUUUAGAUAGAAGAAGCUUUUAUCUUUUCUUCUAUCUAAAAGAAUUGAUUCCUUGAAUGAUUCCCCUUCUCUGGAGGUAUGUGUACUGUCAAUUCGAUUGGUUUGGAAAUUUAUAUCUAUACAAAGCCGUGUAAAGUGUAAUAAUAGUAAAGGAACAUAAGCAAGAAAUUCCAUAUCAACAUUGCAUGCAUGAUCGUAAACUCAAAACCGUGUAAAGUGUAAUAAUAGUAAAGGAACAUGAGCAAGUAAUUCCAUAUUAACCAUGAAUAUGCUCAAAUAAAGAUCAGAUGUAGGUUUCAAAAUAUAUUGUCUUAUAAUUUGAAAGCAUAGAAAUAUUUAUCACCUAAUUCAAUAAACCAUAGGGGAUGUAAAAGUAAUUAUACCAGAUAAACAGAGUCACGAGCUGCAAGGACAGUGAUAUCAGCACAAGACACAACUCGUCCACACUGUUGAUGCACAAGCACACGAAUUGAAGAUCAUUUGUAAUCUGAAAUGCUUGAGACCUAAGCGUCAAGUUUGGAGGAGCAUCCUUCUCACUUGGACCACUAGCUGAUCCAUCCAACAAUACGGAACCAUCACAUCCCUUACAAAAUAAUUACAUUGUUAAGAAUUAAUGAAAAGUCAUGAUUAGCAAUAAUUUAAUAAAAUCCACUUUGAAACCACUAGAAAUUACAAGAUUAUUGUAACUAAGAUAUGCUACAAUAAUAAUUAAUAAGUUGUCUUUGCCUUAAACCUCAUAUCAGGUUAUUACGACUACAAAAAGGUAGAAAAGUCAACAAGAUAUACGCAUAAUUUUUACAAUUUUAUAAAUUAAUAUUUACUUGAAUGAAGCAAUCAUGAAAAUGAAGGCGGAGCAAGCCUGCAGCUUGGGUUAUAUCACUUUGAAAAACUUGCGAAAGAUGAUUUCUAAUAAUGGAAUCUAAACUCGGACAACUAGAAGUAGUGACCAUGAGUCUCUCAUACUCAUUCUGCAAACACGCACAAACCCUCUUUCCUGGAGGGCUUAACUCGAGUUCUAUGAACUUCCACAAUAAUCACAAGGAUGAAGUGGUGGUUGUAAUGGGUGCCACAGGUACAGGGAAGUCGAAACUUUCGAUUGACUUGGCAAUUCAACUUCAGGCUGAGAUUAUAAAUUCCGAUAAGAUUCAAGUGUACAAAGGGCUGGAUAUUGUCACGAACAAAGUGACAGAAGAAGAGUGUAGGGGUGUACCCCAUCAUCUGUUAGGGAUAAUCGAUCCUGAUGUUGAAUAUAAUGCUAAUGAUUUCCGGCAUGAUGCCUUGCUUGCUAUUGAAUCCAUCAUCGAACAAGACAAGCUUCCGAUUAUAGCAGGUGGAUCAAUGAUGGAUCCACCUGCUAUAAUCGGAAGCUUGCCU